AAGGGUCCAAGGGUGUCACGUGUAAUGCCAAGCACCAUGUCUUCGUUCGUCGCGUAAAAGUCACAACAGACGUCUGAGCGGCUUGUGAUUGUUGCCAUCACAAUUUUGAACUCUUGAUUGCCACUUCACGUCGUUCAUUGAUCACAUCAGUUCUUCGGGUGCGGAUACAACUCGAAACUGGAUUACAGAAGCUCACGCUUAUAGCGAGGGCUAGUGGCUCCACAGAACGCGAGCAUGAACAAACUUCUCCGGUACUUGCUACCCAAGUCAUUAUCACCAACGUUCCAAGUUGUCUCAGACUUGCAUCUCGAAAUCGGCCAGCAAUACAGCACAUAUAACAUCAUAUCGCAAGCGCCGUAUCUUAUACUUGGUGGCGACAUUGGACGACUCAUCGACUAUGAACCUUAUCUCGAAUUCCUGAAAGUUCAUAAAGCCAGAUUCGAAAAGAUAUUUCUUGUCCUUGGCAAUCAUGAAUUUUAUGGAUUGUCGUAUGCGGCGGGCUUAGAGCAGGCCCAGAAACUUCAGGAUGAGCCAAUACUGGAUUGCAAGCUUGUCAUCCUCCAUCAGGCCUGUUUUGAUGUACCCAACUCCGCAGUCACCAUAUUAGGCUGUACACUUUGGUCGAAAAUUCCUGAAGAAUCAAUGCAAGUAGUUCAAUCACGCGUGAAAGAUUUCCAGAAGAUUUGCGACUGGACUGUUGAAGACCACAACAAAGCUUUUGAGUCUGAUUACACCUGGCUAAAGAGAGCAGUAUCCUCAAUGAACGAGACCAAUCCAGUAUCCAGUCAGCGGAGCCGAACACGGACGGCUUUAGUCGUGACCCAUCACGCACCUUCGAUGUGCGGGACAUCUCAUCCGAACCAUGAGCAGAAUCCCUGGAGUUCGGCUUUCGCAACCGAUCUCAUCUCUGACCGUGAAGCUUGGAGGAAUGUGGGCGUGUGGAUUUUUGGCCACACUCACUAUACCACAGAUUUCGUUCGUUCUGGGGUGCGAUUGUUUAGCAAUCAGCGCGGAUAUGUUCUACCAGGUAGCAUAGAGACGACACGCUCGAGCAAGUCUAGGCAGACAAAGCCUCGAGUUUUUGAUGUUCGCAAGACACUUCGCGUGUAGACGGACUUCUUGGAGGCAUCGCCAACGUCUCCGUCAUUGAUGCCAAGCAAAGCGAGUCCAAGUUUCUUCACGACGCCACAAGACUGAGAAACAUAUUGAUCAAGCCUGAUUUUCAUCACUCACAGUCCAGUACGACCGGAAUCACCAUAGAGAUCUCUCUGCUAUACCCUAUCAUCAUACCAACAAGCCCCAGCUCACCCC